AUGAAUCAACAAGGUCAAAACGGCACUUCGGAAAUUAAAGACUUGGGAGUAACUCCGACUUUACCACAUCUAGUGGAUUUUGGUGAUAAAUGUGCUACAAUUAAAAAGCUUUCCACCGAAAUCUUACAAAAAGCAGAAAGGGAUGCUGCUAAAAAGCCCAAUUUGGUUGGCUCGUCGAGCUUAAUAUCAGAUCCUUCUAUUCAAUCUGCUAAACAACAACUAGCUCGUUCGUUUAUUCAACUCCGAGGGUUAAAUCGUACUGCAAUGUUGGAAAAAAGCAGUGAUAAAUUGACUACACAGGAUGCAAAACUGUCAAUGGAUCGAAUUCAUUUACAAUUACAAGAUUUGAACUACAUGAAAACAUUUCUUCAAAGAGAAAUUCGCCGAUGUAAAUCAUUCAGGUCAAAGUAUCAGAAAGUGCCACUUAUAUCAGAAGAAGAAUUUCUGUCAAGGGCUCCUACAAGGCUAACUGCGCCGCUUUCUGAUACAGAAGCGUCCGAAAAACAGCAACUCCAUCAUCGGAUGCUUCAGCGACUGAACUUUGAAAAGGAGGAGCGGAUCAGAUAUUUUUCUCUUGAAAGAUUAAAGGAGGAAGUUACUGAGAAACUAAAACGAAAGAAGGAAGCAUCAGAGCGUGUCAUGGCCAAGAAAGCCAAGAUUGAUCAAUUUAAUAAAGAAUUUGAGAAGUUCAUAAAGCAAGCCAAGCCUCUGAAUGAAAUUUUGGCUGAUGAAGAAGCUGGCCAGCCUGACCAAUCAGAUCAAAUGGACACAACAGUGUAG